AUGGAGCUACCCACUACCAUGAACGCCGUCGUCUUCGACGGUCCGCAUAAGGUCUCGCUCCAGCAGAGACCGGUACCAAAAAUACAGCAAGAUGGGGACAUCAUAGUCAAGGUCCAUGCAUCCGGAUUAUGUGGCUCUGAGCUUCAUACGUUCCGCGGCCACGCACACAGCGGCACUGGCUUUAUCAUGGGCCACGAAUUCACGGGUAAGGUGGUGGCAGUUGGACAGAGCGUCAAGACGGUGAAGGUUGGCGACAAAAUCGUCUCACCCUUCACUGUGUCCUGUCUGGAUUGCUUCUACUGCAAGAACGGGUACACCGCACGAUGUGCCAACAGUCUGCUCUUCGGAUCGGAGCGCCUUGACGGGGCCCAGGCAGAUUACGUCCGGGUGCCAUUGGCGGACGGGACCGUUCUGAAAGCACCACCGGAGAUAGAUGAUGAAGCUCUCGUUCUUAUGGCUGACAUAUUCCCUACCGGCUUCUACGGCGCUAGGAAUGCGUUCAACUCCCUUGGCAGUCAGGACCCUUCCGAGGCAACUGCUGUUAUCAUAGGUUGUGGACCGGUAGGCUUGUGUGCGUUGGUCUCGGCGCUCGAGUACAAGCCAAAGCACCUGUUCGCCAUCGACAGUGUUGACAGUCGCCUCGAUAUUGCCAAAAGCCUAGGCGCCGAACCGCUGAACUUCAUGACUGACCGAGAGGGCAUGAUUAAGAGGAUCCAAGGAGUAACAGAGGGGCGAGGUGCUGAUGUCGUGAUCGAGGUUGUCGGUCUGAGCCCUGCUCUGAGGACGGCAUAUGAUGUGCUGAGACCGUUUGGUUUCAUCAGUAGCAUUGGCGUUCACAAUGGCGAGUUCCCGUACAAGGCCACCGAUGGAUAUAACAAGAAUGUGAGGCUCCAGAUGGGCAGAUGCCCAGUCCGCUCGAUAUUCCCCGACGCGCUCAAGGUCUUGGCCAAGAAGCAGCAUCUCUUCAGGUAG